CCAAUCAGGGCAGGUGAAGCCGGCUGGAUUUUCUGCGGUGUAUAUAAGGGCCUGGGAUGGCCAACUAAAACAUAUUUCGACACUGGACGUUAAUCGAUUCCUCAGAAAGUACAAAAGCCCUUGGACUGCGGCAAAAUGAAGGUGUUGGUCCUAGCCGUCCUGCUGGUCAGCAUUUGCAGCCUUGAAGGCGCUUUCGUGAAACGCCAAGCGGAAGGCGAUUCUCAGGCUCAAGAAGUGUCACGUUAUUUCCCGGCCUUAGCCCAGUUAUUUCCCCAAGACCUGCUCGGCGAGGAGAAGAUUGGGCAGCUCAGGACCCAAGUCCAGACGCUUGCUCAGCAGGCCCAAGAAAGCCUGAAGCCUUUGGCUGACCAAAUGCGGGAGAGCUUGAACCAGUUCUUUGCUGCUUUGGAAGAAUCUGUCAAGAAAGCGACGACGACAUCGUCAUAAAAAAGCAAAGCCUUUUGGUCAAAAGAAAUCUUCAGGACCUUUCCUUCAGGAAUCAAAGCGGGGGGGGGGGGGAUUCUGGCCCCCAUCCGGCUGUAACAUGCAGAUUGUGCCUGGUUGCAAUAAAAAGCAGAAUCUCCCCUCA